AUGGGUCUGAGCUCUUCCAAAACUCACCCCAAAGUGACCAAGGUGGCACCGAUGCGUGCCAGGGAGGACCUGCCUGCUCUCACCACCCCGUACCAGCUCCCCGGCGUGCAUCCACCAGCCGCAGCAGAAUGGGGAAAAUCCAUGUUUUAUGGGGAGCUUCCACCUCUCCGGGAGACCUGGUAUGGGAGAGCCUCUGCAGGGCCCCUCUCUUUCAACACCGUGCUGGAAAAGGGAGAAACCAGCAUCAUUAAACAGCACCCGCCUCGACGACCUCAAAGGCUUGAACCUGCUGGCCCUCCGCAAGCAAUCACUCCUGCAAAGCCCUGGAGUCAGCAAGAUGUGGUUGCAACCCCCAAAAUGAAGGCUCUGGAGAAGAGGGGGCAAAGCCUGAGACACCUCCCGGGCAGGCGGCAGCACUUGCACAAGCUGCAGAUGCUGGACUUGACCCGCAGGCGCCGAGAGGCAGAGCUGAAGCGAAAUCUCCACAGGGAGGCAAAAAUCAAUAAAGAAAAAAUCAAGGAAUUCAGCCCAAAGAAAGUCCUUGACACUCUCCAGAGAGGUGACAGCGCUGAAAGCCAAGACCUCGUCCCUGUGGAGCACAAUCAGCAUUUUCAUGGAGACGACCAUGGAAACACGUGGGGUGGAGGACUCUCCACACAGCACGAUGGGGCUGAACUGUCUCCAGGCAGGAGCGGGAAGGUUGACCUGUGGUUCUGCAGGGAGCCGCGGACGAGGGAUUUGUUCUGGGACACCUCCAGCACAGGCUCCGACGAGUGGGAAAGGGAAGAGAAGAUUUACCGCAAACCUAAGCUUGUGAGAACCAAGACGGAGAGAGUUUCUCUCUUCGAUGACUUCUUUGACAGGGAUUUCUAG